UUGGUCUUGAAAGGCUUGACAAAUCAGGUUCUUGCUCGACUUAACUUGACGUUGAGAAGACAGGAGAUAUUCUAAGAGUAAAAGACGAAUAAAACAGGAUAGACAGAGCGCCAAAAUGACGCAGGGACGAGUACAAUCAACGAUGCACACUGCACCGCUAGUUACGUGCAUGAAAACCUUAUUAAUGGUUUUUAAUUUCAUAUUUUGGGUAACUGGUAUCGUAUUAUUAGCUGUUGGUAUUAAAACUAAGAUAGAUUGGUAUAAAUAUCUAGAAUUAUCCAGUGUAUACCAUCCUGAAACACCCUAUGUACUUAUUGGUGUCGGAGCUGUUAUUGUUCUGAUUGGAUCACUGGGAUGCUGCUGUACGGUCAAAGGUCAUUCAUUUCUACUUUUCAUGUACUGUGGUUUCCUGGCAUUGAUAUUUAUUGUGGAACUUAGUGCUGGUAUUGCUCUCCUUAUUUACAGAACUAAGCUUGAGGAAGGAUUUAGAGAAGGUCUAAACAAUGCUAUCAAUAUCUAUGGUGAUAAAGGCAAGGAAGAAUAUACAAACUCCUUUGAUGACAUGCAGAAAACGCUUCAUUGCUGUGGUAUUAAUAGCUAUACAGACUGGUAUAAUACUAAAUGGGAGAAGACCCAGUCUGUUCCGAAUAGUGUCCCCAAAUCAUGUUGUAAAGUUGUUGAUGACAAUUGUAAACACACCAAUCUACCUGCCAACGCAACUAAUCUAGAUAUCGACACACAGGGUUGUCACAAGUUGGUAGUUGAUUUUAUUAAUGGUAAUCUAGGACCUAUUGGUGGUGUUGCCCUUGGAAUAUCAUUCUUCCAGAUUUUGGGUGCCAUCUUGGCUUGCUUCUUGGCUAAAUCUAUCAACAAGGCUAAGUAUGAACAAGUUGCCUAGAGACUAUAAUACCUAUCAACAUCCUUCAAAAAAAACGAUAAAGGUCACAAAAGGUCAAAUAUCAAAACCAUACAAUAUUGCAUUUCCUAAAUAUUUUUGUCUUUUUUAAUCAUGUCUACAAAAAAACCUUUAUGAAUUGAAUCGAAGUUUUGUCCAUUUUGGAUUUAAAAAUUAAUUGAAUAAAUGUCUCAAUGAUUUAAUAUUUAAAUUCACUGAUUUAUUUUUGAGUGGUUAAAAUAUAGUUCCACAAGAAGAAUUAAUUUGAAUUUUAAUUCUAAUUUUGGAUUUAAAAAUUAUUAAAAUGAAUAUCUCAAUGAUUUAAUAUUUAAAUUCACAGAUAUAUUUUUGAGUGAUUAAAAGAGAAAGUCCCUUGAGGAAUUCUGGUUCUAACAAUUUAUGCUCAAUGUACAUGUAUAUAUUGAUAUACCACAUUAUACCAAUAUUACGCUCUCUAGAUCUCAAUUUACGUAUUACUAUAACCGUGACAUAUUAAAUAGAAAAUGUUUUCUUGUCGUCUGGACAUCAUGUAUUUUGUCAACUUAUUUGGACAAUUUUUUAUUCAUGUCAAAAUUUAUUAUUGGAAAUCUUUAAUGUUUUCUCAAUUUGUUUAAAUUUAUUACCUGCUCGUGUUAGUUGUUUCAAUGUUAGUAAUCAAAAAUUUACGGAACACAAUUCUAUGGAACAUAAUUAUUGUUCAUUUCUGAUACCAUUUGCUUGAUAAAGAUUAAAGAAUCCUAGAUGAAAUAUUCCUCAUUUAUAAACAUUAAAGGAGCUAAAUCGAUAAUAUUUGGGACCUAGAAAUUGACACAAAUGGGUUGCAAGUUGCAACGCAUAUAAUAAUGUAAUAUGAAUGUAUAUAAACUGAUUUACAUUCAAUCGUUUCGGUUUUUACUAUAAUUUCAAAUCAGUAAUGUUCAACAAUAUACGCCUGAAGUCUCAAUCGAAUGGCAAUCUCUAGCGUCUGUUUAUUCCAGUCUGUACUGAUUGUAUUUAAAUAAGAAUAUGUGCCACAGUUUGACAUGACUUGUAGAAUAUGUCUAGUCUUAUUCUUCGAGUCCUUUGUUCCAAAUGGCACUGAAAUGCAUUAUGGUACACGAUUCGUGUACCAAUAGGUCAAAUGUUUAUUUUAUCUUAAAUAUUGGAUAUCAGAAGCCUGUCUUUUCCUGGUAAGAUCACAACAUCAAUGUUUAUUUAAAUUGACAAAUAAUUUGUGUUUUCAAUGUGAUAGUGAGUUAAAGACUUAGUAACUUUAAUUGUAUUCCAUAGAAUUGUAUUAGGUGUAUUACCUGAUAUUACCUGGUGAAUUGACUACCAUGAGUAGAAUUCGUACCUAUAUUUAUUAUUAUAUAAGAUAUAAAUGGGUUUUUUUCUUAUUUGAACGUAAUUUAAGAAUUUAUUAUUGAUCUGUUUAAGAAUAUGUAUAUUUUGCCACAGGUUGACAUUCCCACCCCCUCACCUAUGAUGUAUAUUAUUAAUGUAAAGAAUUUUGUUUCAUUGUUAUAUAUACCUAUUGACUAUAUAUAUACAAAAUGAUUAAGACACUUCAAAAAGACUAAUAAUAAUGUAGUUAUUGAUUCAUAUAUUUUCAAUAACAUACAUUACAUACAAGAAUGUUGAAAUAGGACAUAUUACAUACAAACAUGUUGAGAUAGGACAGAUUACAUACAAACAUGUUGAAAUAGGACAGAUUACAAACAAGCAUGUUGAAAUAGGACAGAUUACAGACAAACAUGUUAAAAUAGGACAGUUUAAAUACAAUCAUGAUGAAAUAGAACAAAUUACACACAAACAUGUUGAAAUAGGACAGAUUAAAUACAAUCAUGUUGAAAUAGGACAGAUUACAUAAUAGGAUCACAGAUUUGGAAUAGGGUAAGUGGAAUUAAAUCCUCAAAUAUUUCAAGCAUGCAACAUAAAUUUUGAAAAUUUAAAUAUUCUUUCAGUGAGUGUCUUAGUCAUUUUAAUGCAAUAAUCACAAAACUUGUUUUUGCUUUUGUGUGUCUAAAAGUUGUGAAAUGAACACCUAUUUACAAGUUGUUUUAAAACUGCCUAUUGUUUUGGUGAAUUGUUUAUAAUUAUUCUGAUUGUCUUUCACUCCUUGCAAUCUUAUUGAUAUUAUAUAUGCAUAGUUUAGUCAAACACAGUGGUUCUCAACCUAUUUGUGCCAACGGCACGGCACACCUUGGAACACAUGAAAAAAUAACGGCACACCUGGCUAAAUAUAUAUGACAAAUAUUUGAAUUUUGCAAAAUAAACACAUAAUAAGUCAGACAGCAUACACCUGUAGACAAAGACUAGUCAUAGACACAUAGAAUAACUCAAACUAAAAGAAAUACACAGCUAUGAACUUAUCAGUAGACACCAGUGAAUACUCAACUGGAGUCAAGUGGGUUUUCGCAUUUUCUUACUGUCUCGUUCAAAAUUUCAUGGCACACUUGGGAAGGUCUCUCAGCACACUGGUUAGGAUCACAUGGUUUUUUGCGUUUUCUGAGUGUGCCGUUCAGAAUUUCGUGGCACACUGAGGAAGAUGUUGCGGCACACUGGUUGAGAAUCGUUGGUCAAGCAUAUGGUGUGGCAUAUUAAAGUAACUGUUUAUUGAUAUAUAUAUAUAUAUAUAUCCUAUUAUUGUAAAUAAAGGUGUACAUGAUAUAUAAAAGUUGAAAAGAAGUUUACGCUUAUAUGUCGACUACAAAUUUAAAUUAUUAAGGUAUUAAAUGAUGUGACUGAAAGUACAUUUUUGCUGUUAAAGAUUAUAAAAUCGUAAAUUUCUUCUAAUUGUAUUGAACUCAUCUUAGGUUGAUCUGAAAUGGUAUUUUAUUGUGAAGCUAUAAAGUAGUACGUUGAUAUCUAAUUUUAAUAAAAAUUUCAGAACGUAGUUAUAUACAGGGCUUUCUUUUCAGUUGGAUUUUCCAAUCUUGACUGACUGACACUAAAAUUGACCACCUGGAGAAAUACCUGUCAUAGAAUUGAAAUUUUAACUUUAAAACACAAUCGAUACAAUUAAAUGUAUAACUCUUGUGUUUAGAAACACAUGAAAAUAUAUUUAUAGUUUGGGUUAAUGCUAAAAUUAAAAUGGUCACAUUCUAUUUUUCUAAUUGGAAGUAAUAUGUCAGAAAUUGACAGACUGGCAAACUACAUGUAUUGAAUUGAAAGCCUCGAUAUGACCUCUUUAAAGUUGAAUAAAAGAUAUAAUUAUAUGAUAUGUUGCUAUGUAAGUACCUGUCAUGGGUCUGCUGAUGAACAUUUUAUGUUAUAGAUCUUAUUAAUCCAGUUCAACACUAUAUUUAGCUAAUUGUGAUUGUAACUAGAACUGCGAUGCAGUUAUGACGGGUGUCACGGGUGUGAAACCUUAAUAAUAAUUUGAACUAAUUAACUCGUGUUGUUUAAUCAAACAGGGUAGAUUAUUAAAUGACUGCUCCCGGGUCCUUAACUGUAGAUUGAAUUAAAAAGAAGGGUUAAAAGAUAAGGGUUUGAUUGAAUAUUUUAAUGUGUUCAUCUAUGUAAUAUUUGAUGUUAUUAAUGGAGUAGAUUAGAUUUUACUUAUCAUAAUAUUAUUACUUAAAUAUAUAAUAUACUAUUCACUCUUGCUCCAACCUCGUCUGUUUUCUCCGGGUCCUCCGUUAUCCUCCAACUGCUAAAGACCCCUACAAGCCAGCAAAUUAUUGAAAUAAAGUUGAACCAUAUGUUAGUGCCGAAAUGACCUAGUUUGUGUCAAGUCGACGUUAAACCCCAUUUCUCUCGCUCUCUCUAUUCACUCUUGCAUUACAAAAUGUUUUAUGCUUAACUCGAACUUUCAAUAGAAAAUGAACCUCAGAUUGAAUCCAUAUCAGAAAGAUUGUAGCAAUAGAUAAAUUUGGAUUCAGUUGUCGUUUUACUUCAAUAGUAAACUAAUCAAGAUAUGUGAACUCAAGGAAGGUGACCCUUGAGUGAACUUGAUGUGAAAUAAUCUUUACACCAACUGUAUGUCUUACACCAUUGUGAUUGUGUAUAAAUUAACUUAUCUAUAUAAAACACACAGCAGACCAUGUCUAGAUGUCUAGUCAUAACCUUGAGCUUUUGUUGUCUGUGACUUUCUCAUACAAAUUUAAGCUGUUUAAAGGGACGCUCAGUGAAGAAAAGUAUUAAAUAAAAGUGAAUAUCUCAGCUGUUUAAAGAGACACUACAUGUAAGUGAAGAAAAAUAUAGAAUGUUCCCAAAAAUACUAGUUGCGUAUUAAAACAAGAUAGCUAAUGUAUAUUAGGCCCAUCUGUCAUAAUAUUUUAUUAGCAUGAAGGAAAGGAAGUAGAGAAAUUUUUUAUCUCUGAAAUUUAAACAAGGCCUAAUAAAACUAAAAUAUAUUAUAACCUUUAUUCUUUAAUUAUUAUAUUUCUUCCUUUUCAUUGUUAAAUGGAGCACAUUAGUUUAAUAUAAAAAAAAAACACCUUUGCACUUUAAACAAGAAAUUUGCCAUUUUGUAUAUUUGUUGAAUGGUCUCUUUACAUAUUAAUGUAUCUAUAACAUUAUUCUCUUGCCUAUUAUAUUUAAUAUAGUUUAAGCUAUUUAUUGGUGAUAAAAUCAUUUAAUCUUUUAUUUCACUGUUAUUACAUACUAUUUACAUUUUUCUUUUUAGCUGAAUAAAUAUUUAUGCUUUA